UGACGGGGCGCUACUAGAGUACAAGGGUGUGUCAUUUGGAUGGAAGUGUGUAAACAAGACUAAAUGAUAUUUGUUAUUAUGUACUUAACAUGUCUGUUAAUUAACUCGAAGUUGGCUUUUAUUUUGCAAUUAGGUUUCGAAUGCUUUUAUUUUGAAAUCAGGGUUAACGUUCAAGCUAAGUUUACUUGAAGUUGGUUUUUAUUUUGAAAUCAGGUUUCCACGUCUCUUGCCGUAAUACUAGAAUACAUAGGGGAGAGUGGUUAUGUUGCUGAACUAGGCACACGUAUUUUUGUGAGCUCCUGGCGAUGUUUCAGUAAGUUCCUGAAAACUGUCCUUUAACUGCGUGAACAGUGAUAACUACUGCUUGUAGCGAGUUAUUAUCGACAUUAUGCCGGCAAAGAAAGCACAAAAUAAAUCUAAAGCACACUCUUCUCCGAGUGAGGAAAACGACGUCUCAGGUGCUAACAAUCAAGCUAACUCUGCAGGUGAUGCUAGUUCUGGGUGUCUCUUAGACGUGAGUGUUGGAAUGGCCCACAACUUGGAUGUUAUUCAAAUACUCGACGGGAUCAGAAGUGACUUUUCCACAAAAAUUGAUGUGGUCCUGACAGCGAUCCAAGAUGUUAAAAGGGACGUGCAGGACUUCUCGAUGCGCAUGGAGGGGGCAGAGAAGCGCAUUAGCAGCGUGGAGGACACCGUUAACUCAGAGAAAGGCAAGACAGAGGCGCUAGUUAAACAAGUGGCUCUCCUUAUGAACAAACUCGAGGACCUCGAAAACCGUUCUCGUCGAAAUGACGCGGUGGCUUUCCUGGAGAAGUGGCUCCCCGAAGCGCUGGGACCAGCGACAUUCCCGAGACAACCUCUCAUCGAAAGAGCUCACCGGUUGCCUGGCCGGACGCAACCCAAUCGACCACCCACACCGAGAGUCCUCAUCGUGAAGUUUUUAAACUUCCAAGACAGAGUUCGGGUGAUGCGAGCGGCUAUGACCAAAGGGAAAGUUAUCUGCGGGGGCCAAGAGGUCAUGUUCUUCCCGGAUCUUUCCACAGAUCUCCACCGACGAAGGAGGGGCUUUGACCGGGUAAAACAGCAGCUGAGGUCGAUGAACUUACGUUACGGAUUAAUUUACCCAGCGAAGCUACGAGUGUCAUCUGAUGGACAUACGCAUGUCUUUAAGACCCCAGCAGAUGCGGAAAAAUUCAUCCAAGGGUCGAGUUUUGAGGCAACUCCUAGGCAGCCUAUAAAGAGGACCAAAAGAAAAAAAGCACAAGCUGACGCUGCUGAUGCUCCUACAUCAGUUAAUGGUACCAAAGAUGGGGAGCCUGACUUUGAAGAUGGAGAGUCCCCUAGCAAGAAGAGCCGACUGGAUGCUGAAGAAGCAGUGUUUGACAAGAGCGCUGAAAGUAAGAUGGAUGUUGAGGAAUCAUCUGGAGACGUUGAGGAAUCAUCUGGAGACAUUCAGGAAAAUGAAGACCAGGAAAUGGAUAUUGAUCAGGAUUCCUUUAAAGUCACUGAUCUGCCAAACAUACACAAAGAUGCUCUCGGAGAUAGGAACUUAAAUCCCCGUGUAGUGCUUGGUGAGCGCUGCAGACCCAGUCUAAAGACUGAGGAUCCUGACUUGAUGAAAUCCAAGAAAGUUUCAGCAACACCAGCGCCUAAAGCACCUGCACCCCCCACCAAGCCUGUCGCACAUAUCAGCGCGACAGUGAACAAACAUGAUUCACCGGCUCUCAAGCAGUCCAGCAUGGAAGACUACAGGAGGAUGAUGGUGCUCAAAGCCCAGAGCGCUGCCUCAUCUUCAGAUGUAUCCAAAGUUAACCACCUUACCCCAAGUGUGUAUCCAAGACGUGUGAAUAACAUUCCAAGAAAAGAGACCAUUCAUCCCAAAGAAUCUGACAAACAGAAACCUGUUGCUACCAAGACACGCCCCAGAAAUUCCUCUAGAGGGUUCAUGUGGUGUUUGUGGGGUUUAGUUCGCCUGUUAGUUCUCCUGGUACUAUUUGUGAUUGGGACAUUGCUGACAUACAAGAUCGUCCCUUUACUCCAAGACAUGACACGUGGUGGAGGGCAGUCAUCCAGGGCUGUGAAGCCAGAAAGGUUUGCUGAUCAAUUGUCUGAUCUUCAGACUCAGUUCCCCAGUCAGCGGCCUGAGUUGUGGAAGAUGAGCAAAAUCCACCUGGAGAAGCACCUUAAAACAGCCCAUCCAACUGAGCCAGUCAGUCUGAUUUUCACUGCAGGUCAAAAGGCUGAGAGGACACUGCAGUGCCUUGCUCGGGGUCUAGCUGCUUCCUUCUCAUCUGCCCUCAAUGCCUCUUUCCUUGACAUUGAUGGAAAAAGCAAAGCGGACCAGGACAGUGAUAAGGUGAAGUUAGACAUUGACAGUCAGUUGCAAGCAGCGUUUGAGGGAGAAAAACCUGUGGCGAUCAUUCAUCGUUUGGAAGAGCUGCCACCAGGCUCCACUCUCAUUUUUUAUCGCUACUGCGACCACGAGAAUGCUGCAUAUAAGCGGGUUUUCUUGUUGUUUUCUGUGUUGCUGCCUCAAGAUGAGAUCCCGAAGGAAAAGAGUGUGAAGGAGGUGGAAGAGAUGGUGCAAGACUAUCUUAAGGAGAGGCUGGUGGACACCGGUGGCCAAACUUCCUUCAAUAUAAUGAAUAAUGAUAAGUUUGGUGGCCUGUGGAGUCGCAUCUCCCAUGUAGUCCUGCCUGUGGUGUCUGAGGUGGAGAAGAAAGGAUGCUAAAACAAACAAGCUGCCUGAUUCUUCUUUGCACUGUAGAAGGAGCUACGAGAAAGGAGAAACGUGGAAGUAUGAUGUGUGCUGUGAUAAUUCAUUUAAAGCAUUCGAUAAUUGUAUUAUUCUCUUUCUCUCAGAGAUUACAUUGUACUUAAAUUGAAGUCAAAUGCAUAUGAUUCGGUUCAACUGCACAAAAGUUUGAACAGUUUUUACUCAUGCAUGCAUGUUAAAGGAGGUUACAGUGUUACGCCAUCAUUCCACCUCACAAGUGUGGUGAUAAUCUUUUCUCAUGUGCAUGCAAUCUACGAAACAGAGACUGACUGAGCUGUUUAAUUUUUGUGUAUCGUUUCUCAGCAGCUUUUUAAUGACUAUCUCAUUUUUUUUCAUCAUCCUCAGCUUUUCUUUACUGGAACUAAAAAAAAAAAAAAAGUUUUGUUUUCAGUGAAAAUUUAUAUUUCAUCUUUUAUUCUGCUGUCCAAGACAACCAGGUAACUUCAUUUAAUUCUUUAUUUUGUGUGUGUGCUGGAAUCGCUUGGUUUUGACUUGAGUGUCCGUCUUUUUGAGUACCAGCUUUUUAAGGUGAAUAUUUUAUAUUCUUUGCUUUUUUCUAAAUAUGUAUAUUUGUGACAUGUUUCCUGGAUUGAGGUAUUUUUUUUAUAGCUGUGUAUAUAUGUGUAUUUGAUAUUAAAUGGUCUUUUGAACAUGUUGUCAAAAAAGAAACCACUGGAGGUGUUGUCACUUCACAUUGUGAGCUACUCGCAAUGUGGUUUAUAUUUGUAAAAAAUAUUUUGGAUAAAUACUGAUCAGCUUGUCCCAGACUGUGCCUUAAACACAUAUGAAGAAUACACUGUAUUUAAUAAGAGUAAAAACUUUCUCCAGUCAUUUAUACCAGCGCACGUGACAACAUCAGAACUUGUUUGUGCUGUUUCCUGUCAUACAUCUCAUUCCUCUUGUUAUUCUGAGAUUCGUUUUGUUUUGCUCAUAAACACCUGAAUAUUAUCAAUAAAGAUAAUUUUGAUACAUAGA